UUUUGAGUCUUGCUUUACCGGUCCACAUACAGUUCAAAAGAAGUAUUAACUACCAUUCAAAUGUACCUAUCCAACCAUCUUCUUCCUUACUCCUCUAUCCCCUACCUAUCCAACCAUUCAAAUGUAUUGACCAGCCAUUUUCCUCUCUCUCUCUCAAACAGUGAUGGAGGUCUCAUGGGAAGCAAGUGUUACAGAUUCCAUCAAUACGGUUUAUCUUCUCUUUUCAGCUUACUUGGUCUUUGUGAUGCAGCUUGGGUUUGCCAUGCUCUGUGCUGGCUCAGUCCGAGCCAAGAACGCCAUGAACAUCAUGCUCACCAAUGUGGUCGACGCCGUCGUCGGCAGCAUCUCCUACUACUUCUUUGGCUUCGCCUUUGCCUUUGGCUCUGGCUCCGCCUCCAACCCCUUCAUUGGCACCGACUAUUUCGCUCUCAAAGACAUCCCUAAUUCCACCUACGACUACAGCUACUUCCUCUACCAGUGGGCUUUCGCCAUAGCCGUGGCUGGCAUCACCAGCGGCUCCAUCGCUGAACGCACCCAGUUCAGCGCCUAUCUGAUCUUCUCCUUCUUCCUCACUGGCUUUGUCUAUCCUGUCGUGGUCCACUGGCUCUGGUCUUCCAACGGGUGGCUCAGCCCCAGCUCGAGCAACCUCCUGUUUGGUUCCGGCGCAAUCGACUUCGCCGGAAGCGGCGUUGUCCAUUUAGUGGGCGGAAUCGCCGGAUUAUGGGGUGCCUUCAUUGAAGGCCCACGGGUCGGGCGGUUUGAUGCAUUUGGUAAACCCGUACCCAUGCGAGGUCACAACGCCACUCUAGUGGUGCUUGGCACAUUCUUGCUGUGGUUCGGGUGGUUUGGGUUCAACCCAGGUUCAUUCGACAAAAUCCUCGUCUCCUACCCAACCACUACCGACCAAGGUAACUGGACCGCCGUGGGCCGCACAGCAGUGACCACAACACUGGCUGGUUCAGCUGCCGGAAUUGCUACCUUGUUCGGCCGGCGACUGAUAGUGGGUCACUGGGACGCACUGGAUGUUUGCAAUGGGGUUCUGGGUGGGUUUGUGGCCAUCACAUCAGGCUGCUCCGUGGUCGAGCCAUGGGCUGCAAUUGUAUGCGGGUUCUUCUCAGCCUGGGUCCUGAUUGGUCUCAACAUCCUGGCCCUGAAACUCGGCUUUGAUGACCCAUUAGAGGCGACCCAGUUGCAUGGUGGGUGUGGAGCCUGGGGUUUGAUCUUCACUGGCUUGUUUGCAAAAGAGGAGUUUGUGGUUCAAGCCUAUGAUUCAGGGGAGAGUGGGGUGGUGAGACCAUAUGGGUUGUUCAUGGGUGGGGGUUGGGGCUUGAUUGGAUGCCAGGUGGUUGAGGUUUUGGCGAUCAUAUGCUGGGUCAGUAUCACAAUGGGCCCACUUUUCUACGCUCUGCAUAAGCUUAAAAUAUUGAGGAUAUCCACUGAGGAGGAGGUUGCAGGGCUUGACAUCUCCAGCCAUGGUGGCUACGCCUACGUUGCCCACCCAGACGAGGGUCAUCCUCGGUUUUAUGCGGACUACAUGAGGUUGCAAGAUCAGAGAACUUGACUAUGAUGUGUGGUUUUUCAGGUUUUUAUCAAGGCUUGCAAAAUUGUCUGCUAAAUAGCCAAAUUGGCCAAAAUUCUUCAUCAUUUUUUCCAGUGAAGUUGUAAGUUCCUCAAAUUGAACAUUGUUUUGCCCUUCCAUGCAAAACCACAUUCAUUAACAGUACAUUGCUGAAGGCAUGUACUUUGUCUGCAA